AUGCGGGUGGAAGGGAGAGUGAAACGAACGUGGGGAGGAGGCUGUUGCAGCAGGAAGGGCGGCAGGAAGGGUGGCAAGAAGGGCGGCAAGAAGGGCGGCAAGAAGGGCGGCAAGAAGGGCGGCAAGAAGGGCAGCAAGAAGGGCGGCAGGAAGGGCGGCAAGAAGGGUGGCAAGAAGGGCGGCAGGAAGGGUGGCAAGAAGGACGGCAAGAAGGGCGGCAAGAAGGGCGGCAAGAGGGUUGGCAUGAAGGGCGGCAAGAAGGGCGGCAAGAAGGGCGGCAAGAAGGGCGGCAAGAAGGGCGGCAAGAGGAUGAAAGGGUUGGAGGGAGCAGGAGUGGUGGAGGAGAGGGAGGAGAGCAGGGAGAGGGAGGAGAGCAGGGAGAGGGAGGAGAGCAGGGAGAGGGAGGAGAGCAGGGAGAGGGAGGAGAGCAGGGAGAGGGAGGAGAGUAGGGAGAGGGAGGAGAGCAGGGAGAGGGAGGAGGGCGAGGAAAAGGGAAAAUGGGGGGUGAAUAGGAGGAAAGGGGAAAAUGGGCAGAGAAAGGGGGGGCAGGAGGAGGAGCAAGAGGUGAGGGAGAAGGCGGAAAGCGAUUCAAUGGAGGGGGAGGAAGAGGAGGCGGCAAGGCGACGGAGGGAGGAGGAAGAGAAGGAGGAGGAGGCGGAGAGAGGCAAGAGGUUGAUCAGGGCUGAGCUAAGAGAAGUGGGGGGGGGCAGGCUGGGGGGUUUGAGAAUACAUGGUGAAGAAGAGGAGGUAAGGGGUUUGAGAGGCAAAGGCGAAAGCAGAGGGGAAGGGGGUCUGAGAUUAGGGGCAGUGGAAAUGGGCAGGGGUGGAGGGGAGGUUGAGGGGGGGGAGGAUGAGGAGGAGCUAGUUGGAGUGGUGGGGAGAAGAAAGGCCCAAGAAGAUGUGGAGGUGGAAGAGGAGCAGACAGGAGAGAGGGACGGGGGGAGGGGAGAGGAGAGGGAAGGAGGGGGGGGUGUGGGAGCAGAGGGAGAAGGAGAGGAAGCAAACACAGCAGCUGCAGCAGCAGCAGCAGCAGCAGGCACUGCUUCAGGCAGCAAGGGAAGACCAGCAGCAGCAGGCAGAGUGGCUUGUGGGACGGGAGGGGAAGGCGUGGACCCCCCUCCCUGUGCGUUGGGCGUGCACCAGCCUGCAUUCAAAGGGCGCUUCUCCGCUCUUGCGGGAUUCUAUGCCGGGCAGCUGGAUUUUUACACCGACGGGCAGGCGGCCGAGCCCAUCCCCCGCGGCAACACCUCAGCUGCCCUGGACGCAAUUUUGUCCCGCGGGCAGGCCUACUGCUUCCGACCGUGGCCCGAAGUCCAGGCAAAGUGGGGCGGCAUAAAAGGUUUCGAGCAGAAUUGUUUCCGGGCAGCUUACGUGGUGAUGCUGCUGAGGGAGGGGCUGGGGAUAAAGGACGAGCAGGUGGAUCUGGGGGAGGGUGUAUCUGGGCAGGUGUCUUGGACUCUCGGUGCUGCUCUGUAUGAAGGGGUGCCUGCUGUUGCUGCUCUUGCUUCCUCCUCCUCCGUUGCUUCUGCUGCUGCUGCUGCUUCUUCUACUGAUAUUAUCAAUGGUGCUGCGACCUUUGCCGGUUCUUCUGCUGGUGCUGCUGCUGCUGCUGCUGCUGCUGCUAUGGCUGCUGCUACGGCUGCUGCUAGUGCUAAUAGCAGUACUGGGCAGGUGGUAUGGAAGCUUGGGGAUGCAGGCUCGGAACCUGGUUUGGUGGCAGGCUUGGGGGAUGCGGCAGAUGAAGACAGCGCACAGGAGAGGCAAGCGAGGAGGCAGACUCGCAGCAGGCAUGGGGGGCAUGGGAGGCAUGGGGAGUAUGGGAGGGGGGGGCGCUACCACUGGUGGGGGCAUGCGGUGGGUGCAGCAGCUGGUCAGGGCCCUCUUUCCUCCUCGUCUUUCUCUCCAAAGGCGACAAGCCAUGAGGCCUUCUCCCUCCAAGUCUCGCUCUGGCGCCUCAAGAAUGUUGCCCCUCCAAAUCUCGCUCUGGUGAGGUCUGUAGACGCCUCUCCUUCCCUCCCUCCCUUUUCUUCCUACUUUCCAAAGUCUACGCGCAGCUCUCCCUCCCUUCCUGCUCGCUCUCUUGCUUUCCUCGCUCUGGUGGGGUCUGUAGUCGCCUCUCCCUUUCCCUCCCUUACCCGCUUUCCAUUCUCAAGGCGCCUCAAAAAUGUUCGCCCUGCUUUCCUCGCUCUGGUUAGGUCCGUGCUCACCACUCCCUCCCUUCUCCGCUUCCUUUCCUCCCUUUCUCACCUGUUUGAUUCGAUUGUCCUCUGGUGCUUGGUGCUUGGUUCCUCUCUCCCUAUAGGUGCUUGGUUCCUCUCUCCCUAUAGGUGCUUGGUGCUUGGUUCCUCUCUCCCUAUAGGUGCUUGGUUCCUCUCUCCCUAUAGGUUCUUGGUUCCUCCCCUUGCCUCGGCUCCCCCGCUUCCUACAUGUUUGAAGAAGUGUUUUGAGACGUCUCAAAACCGUCCCGUGCCCCCCUUCCCUCUCUCCCUAUAG